AAUUGCAUAAAAACAAUUUCAAUCUGGCAAAACAUUCAUGCUAUCUACGAUAUCAGAUUCUAAUCAAAUGUUAAGUGUUGUUGGCAUAUUCAUUCAAUACAUCAAUAUUUGUUAUAACAAAGACAGGCGGUACUAUCAUCAUCAUCACACAACAGACAAGGCAUUCCAAAUCACACAUUCUAAUAAUUAUACAGUCAUUUUGGAAGUAAUAUACAUAUCAUUGUUGUGCUACUAUGGUAUUUUAUUGUUAUUGCGUGUAGACAUAUGUUGUGAGAGGUUACCGUGUAUUGUAAUGAUGUCUGUGUCAUCUGCGACUGCUGCAGCGUCAACGCGCCCUAGAAAGGAUUCUAGAACUACAAGUCCUAAAGUCAGAUCUAUGACACCUAAACAAUCGGGAGUAGAGGGUUUAGAAGAUUUUCAAAGGAAAAGGUCUAGUACAUCAAAAUCUGCAGUAAAUGACUGUUGUAUUAUUUGCAUAAUCAUGUGCCUAGCUACAAUAAUACAGAUAUUUCACGGGAGCCCAGGAUGAUUAUAGAUGAAGAAAGACUUAAAGAAUGUUUAUAAAAAAUAUACCUUGAUCAAGGUUUUGAAAGAGAAUAUUCCACAAGACUGGUGAUAUUUGAUGAAAUGGAAUCCGAUUCUUUUAUGGAUAAUUAUAUGUAUAUAUAGCACGUGUGUUAAAAUAGUUUCAUUUUUAUAUAUUACAUGCUGACUGACAGUGUCAUUGAUUCUAUGAUAGCCUAGUUGGUUCUACUUUGUAAACUAAUUACAAGAUAAACCCUUUUAUGGUAACUAUCAUUAACUCUGGCGUCUACAUUUAGAAUAACUAUGGCAGUAUUAUAUAGAGUCAAUAUAAUACUUCCAUGGAAUAACCAACAACCGAAGAAGUAUAUAGCUAGUAUCGUAAAUCAUAGCAUCGGAACUAAGUCAUAAAAUGUUUCUAUUUGCAAUUAUUGCUCAGAAGAUAAUUAUUUUUAGUAAUCAAUUUACAUAAUUCCUAUAUAUAAGGACAGAACUUACACAUAAACUAAGUACAUUUAUUAUUUUAGCAGUGGUUUCACAUUAAAUCUGAGGGCCUUUGAAGACUUCUAAAUGUCGAUAGAAUGACAUUUAUAUUUUGUAAAUGCUAAGCGCAAGACGUGUAUUUUGAAGAUCGAGCUGAUAUACAUUUUGAUAUACGUAGAAUUUCAUAUUCAAUCGAAUUCGACUGAACAAAAUUUCAUAUGUCUUUACCGAAAUAGAUAAUGUUUAAAUUUCGAUGAGUGCUAUUUGCAGAUUCUGUUAUUUUUCUAAGUAAAAGAAAUUUAUAUUUUUAGACAUGCAAUACAUUUUAAUUCCAUAUCUCGGAUCUAAAAUAAAAAGCCAAUGAAAUUUGGCACUAUAUAAAGUUUUAUUUAUACAAUCGUUCAUUUGCAUUUCCGGUGAUUGACUUUUUUCUUUUUGUUUAAAAGGUUGUUUAACUGAUAUUGUUCAUCUAGACAUACAUUUAUAACAUGAGGGUACCGACAUUGCAUCUAUUUUGACAAUUUUGUCACCGACGUUUAUUCAUGAUCCAGACAAAAGUUUCCAUUCUGUGUUAUUUUGUAGAUCUAUGUAUCCACCAAUCUAAUUUUAAAUCCUUUUUUUUAAAAGCGAGAUUAAACCAACCUCCAAACGAUCUAUGAUUUUACCAAAUUGCACCAAUACAAUUUACAUUCGUAUAAAACGAAUAACUGUUGCAUUUUUUUUAUUUCUCAUAAUGUGUUUGAACAAUAUGACUUUAGUCCAUGCUAACUUUUCAAUUUUUUUUUAAAAGAAAUGCAUGCCUGUAACAUAUCUAAAUUGCUCAUUUUUCAAGGUUGACUAGCUAUUUGUCGACGUCUCAUGGCGACGUUUCUGAAGUUUUUACUUUUCGAAGUGGAUACUUCAUCUUUGAUAUGUACUUUGAAUGUUUUGUGCGUAUUCAAACAUAUGUAGCAAUGUUGGAAGACGCGCAUCAUGUCAAAGCAUAAAAGUACAGAUCUUUUAGUCUCUUGUAAAUCUUGAAAGAUUUCCACUGCUAUUUUUUUCUAAAUAGGUUUAAUUUUGGUACUCAGAUAAUGUGAUGUUACAUAUAUUACAUUUAUUAAUAAAGGUACAUUUGCUCGA